UCUUCUCUCUCUCCCUCCCUCCUUCUCUUUUCCUCCGUCCGCCUUGAGGCGCAUCCAUCCCGGAGGGGACGGGGCCGACCCAAGCUGCGUGUGGCCAGAGGACGCGUCCCUCCGCUUUCUGGCCAUGGAGUGAGUGAGUGAGUGAGGAGGGCUGAGCGGCGGGAGAGCGGAGCGGAGAGGCUCUUUCAAAGAUGGUUCGGCUGCCAUUGAGACCUGGAGCUCUAAUGCCACAAUGAGGACUUACACACGGGGGGCUCCCAGUGUGUUUUUCAUACAUAUGGUUUGCUUUGCACUAGUCUACACCACAGACGAAAUCCUGAGCACUGUGGUUCCCUUUGUCAAUGCCAACUACGACAGCUACCCAAUGCUCUAUUUUUCCAGAGAGGAUAUUCCGGAUUUGCAAACUAAGGCCACCACUACACACCAGCAUAUUGCAGUGCGGUUGGUUGAAGCCGUGCAGAUUAUGCUAUCAAAUCCAUUGGAAUACCUUCCUCCCUGGGACCCCAAGGACUUCAGUGCUCGAUGGAAUGAAAUUUACGGCAACAACUUGGGCGCCCUGGCGAUGUUCUGUCUACUUUAUCCAGAGAACAUUGAAGCCGUCGACAUGGCCAAAGAUUACAUGGAAAGAAUGGCAGCUCAGCCUAGUUGGUUAGUAAAUGAUGCACCCUGGGAUGAGGUUCCUCUUGCUCAUUCUUUGGUUGGAUUUGCCACUGCUUAUGACUUCUUGUACAACUAUUUGAGCAAGUCUCAGCAGGAAAGAUUUCUUGAGGUAAUUGCCAAUGCCUCGGGAUAUAUGUACGAAGCAUCAUAUAGACGAGGAUGGGGUUUCCAGUACCUACACAAUCAUCAGCCUACCAACUGUGUAGCCUUAUUGGCAGGAAGUCUCAUUUUAAUGAAUCAAGGUUAUCUCCAGGAAGCAUACCUGUGGACUAAGCAAGUCCUAGCAAUCAUGGAGAAGUCUAUAGUUCUGCUGCAAGAAGUGACAGAUGGAUCUCUGUAUGAAGGAGUAGCUUAUGGCAGUUACACCACCAGAUCGCUUUUCCAGUAUAUCUUCCUUGUCCAAAGGCACUUUGACAUUAACCACUUUAACCAUCCCUGGCUAAAACAACAUUUUGCUUUUAUGUAUAGGACAGUUCUGCCAGGAUUCCAAAGAACAGUUGCUAUUGCAGAUUCCAACUACAACUGGUUUUAUGGACCAGAGAGCCAGCUGGUAUUUCUAGACAAGUUUAUUAUGCGCAAUGGUAGUGGAAAUUGGUUGGCUGAUCAGAUCAGAAGGAACAGAGUCCUUGAAGGCCCAGGAACCCCAUCCAAAGGGCAGCGAUGGUGCACCCUUCAUACUGAAUUUAUUUGGUAUGAUGCCAGCCUGGGUUUUGUACCUCCACCAGACUACGGUAUUCCAAAACUGCAUUAUUUUGAGGAUUGGGGAGUUGUAACAUAUGGAAGUGCACUGCCAGCUGAAAUCAACAGACCCUUCCUCUCCUUCAAAUCAGGAAAGCUUGGAGGCCGUGCAAUAUAUGAUAUUGUUCACAGGAACAAAUACAAAGACUGGAUCAAAGGCUGGCGGAACUUCAAUGCUGGCCAUGAACACCCAGAUCAGAACUCCUUUACUUUUGCACCUAAUGGUGUACCUUUCAUAACAGAAGCUCUGUAUGGCCCAAAGUACACAUUUUUAAACAAUGUGCUGAUGUUUUCUCCAGCUAUGUCAAAGAGCUGCUUCUACCCAUGGGAAGGACAAGUUACAGAAGACUGCUCAUCAAAGUGGUUGAAGUACAAACACGACUUGGCUGCAGACUGUCAGGGGAGAGUGGUUGCUGCUAUGGAAAGAAGUGGGAUCAUCUUUAUCAGGGGUGAAGGGGUGGGUGCCUACAACCCCAAACUAAAAUUGAAAAGCCUCCAAAGAAACCUUUUCCUAAUACACCCUCAGCUGCUCUUGUUAGUAGAUCAAAUACAUCUCGCUGAUGAUAGCCCUUUAGAAAUGGCAACCAGCUUUUUCCACAAUGUGGAUGUGCCUUUUGAAGAAACUGUGAUUGAUGAUGUCCACGGGGCCUUUAUUAGGCAACGAGAUGGGCUAUACAAGAUGUAUUGGAUGGAUGACACGGGCUAUAGCGAAAAAGCUGUUGUCACCUCAAGAAUGUAUCCGAGAGGGUAUCCUUACAAUGGAACUAAUUACGUGAAUGUUACAACUCGCCUACGUAAACCUGUCACUAGCGCUGUGUACCUCUUCAUUGGACCUUCCGUUGAUGUCCAAAGCUUCAGUGUCCAUGGGGAUGCUCAGCAGUUGAAUGUUUUCAUUACCACUGGUGAGCAUGCCUACGCCAUCUAUUUGUGGACUGGACAGGAUAGAAGCCACUCUGUCUUUGCACAAGUUAUUGCAGAUCGCCAGAAGGUUCUGUUUGACCGAGCUGCUUCCAUUAGAAGUUCCCCGGUAUCAGAAGUAAGAGACUAUGCUGCGGUUGUUGAGCAGAACCUUCAGCAUUUCAAGCCAGUCUUCCAGCAGCUGGAGAAACAGAUUUUGUCCCGCGUGCGGAAUACUGACAGUUUCAGAAAGACCGCUGAGCGCCUGCUGAGGUUUUCAGAUAAGAGACAAACAGAGGAGGCCAUUGACAGGAUAUUUGCAAUUUCUCAACAACAGCAACAGCAAGGCAGAGCCAAGAGGAACAAAAAAGUGGCCAAAGGCUAUAAGUUCGUUGAUACUGGCCCUGACAUUUUUGCACAGAUUGAAGUCAAUGAAAGAAAAGUUCGGCAGAAGGCACAGACUUUGGCUCAGAAAGAACUGCAUGUAGAUGAAGAUGAGGAAAUGAAAGAUCUUCUGGAUUUUGAAGAUGAUAUAUAUGGGAAACACAAAAACAGUGUGUCCAUCAAAGGCCGUUUGGGUCUUUCACACAUGUUGGCAACUGCUCGAAGUAGUGCUCCUUCAGUGUCAGCAUCUUACACCCGCCUUUUUCUCAUUCUGAACAUUGUGAUUUUUUUUAUCAUGCUAGCAAUGCAAGUCACUUGGUUCCACAGAGCCAAGAGCCUCCAUGGCCAAAGAUGUCUUUAUGCAAUCUUGCUAGUUGACAGCUGCAUAUUACUGUGGUUGUAUUCCUCUUGUUCCCAGUCACAGUGCUAGCAAAAGAAAAAAAUAGGCCAUAGCUGUUAACUUGACCAUUCUGUGGUUAGAUAUAUAUAGUAAAGGAUUAGCCCUAAUAGGGCUAGGGAACGUUUUGUUUCUCUUCUGACACAUUCCAGGAAACAGAUUAAUUUUUUGCAGUCAGAAGACAUAAGAUUUAAUGGGCAUUGAAGCAUUGGGCACAUUUCUCAGAGUACCACCUUGGUACGGGUCAAGUGGAUUUGUCUUAUCAAUGAAUGUAAUGUGUCCUUGUUCUAAAGUCCCACUUGUGGCAUUGCAUUUUCUUCCUCAGAAGCAAAAUCCUGUUCUGCUGAGUUGUUUCAUGAAGAGUGUGUGUGUGUGUGUGUGUUUCAAAUUCAACUGGGAUGAAUUUAAGAGGAUCCUAACUGUCUAUUGCCCUGCGCUACAGAGAUUGGAAUGGAUGCUUAUAUUGAGAGCAGUGUGCCAUUGUCCUCCAGAUUCCUUUUGUAUGCCACUGAUUGUCUGUCUUAAAACACUGUCAGACAGGAAGUGGUGCUUCCUUCUCCUCUUAGUCAGACUCCAAAAGAAAGUACCCCCUGCCUUGCUACCAUCCUACCACUCCAUUCAAUGUGAUGUGAAACCUUUCCCCUUCCAAUGUGACUUCGAUUGAGAUAGUAAGUGUAACUUUAAUAGAGGUGGUGAGCUGACUUAUGGCUCUUUGGCAAUUAAAAGCCUGGGUGUGCAUAUCUUCCAGCAGCCUCAGCUAUAAUCAGAAUUGCUGAUAGUUGCAUUCCAAAACCAGUUGGAGGGCUGCCUGCUUUCCAUUUGUUUUUAAAAUCGUAGACUACAAUGCCAGGAGAUGCCUUACCUAGAGUCUCUUUCCACUGUUAUGUUGUGGGGAGGAGGAAGAUGAAUAAAGUUUAAUGUAUGUUGGCUGAUGCCACACAGAAAUAAAAAUUAUUAAAUGUGACUAUUAAGAAUUUAUCAUAGUGCAUUCCACAUUGCAGGUUAAAAGAAUUAGCCACCACCAGUCUUAAUAGCAUAAAGAAAACCUUUUUAGACCCUCAGGUGCUUUUCAAUACAGUCUGUUUUAAUAGGUCUGCUGCAGUUAAUGUAGAAAUGCUGAGUAGCAAAUCGACUCUUAAAUUCUGAGAAUGCCAUCUUAGCAAUGGAAGAAGAGAAAACAGCUGAUAGCUUCAUCCUGAAAGAUGGGAAGUGGUCAAGACUGGAGGAAUGGUGUAUGGCUGUAUCAGUGGAUGAGUAUUGGUUCUGGGAGUGUGGGUGAAACUGGGAAUGGAUGGGGAAGAACAUAUUGGUGAAAUGGGUGAUGCUCAACAACAAUCCCUGUGAAAAACUUCUUGGAUUCUUUGAGGACAUUCAAGUUGAACAUGAGCCAACAGUGUAAUGCAGCAGCCAAAAAAGCAAUUGGGAUUUGGGGUUGCAUCAAAAGGAGUAUAGUGUCUAGAUGAAGGAGGUCACAGUUCCUUUGUAUUCUGCUUUGGUUAAACCUCACCUGGACUACUGUGUCCAGUUCUGGGCACCACGGUGUAAAAGAGAGAUUGAUAAGCUGGAGGGUGUCCAGAGGGCAACAAAAAUAUCAAAGGUCUGGAAACCAUGCCCUAUGAACUGGGUAUGUUUAGCCUGCAGAAGAAAAGGUUGAGAGAAGACAUGAGAGCCAUGUAUAAAUAUGUGAAAGGGUGUCGCAAGGAAGAGGAAGCAGACUCUCUCUGCCUCUGAGUGUGGUGGAAGCUCCUUGAUUGGAAGCUUUUAAACAGGCUGGAUGACCACCUGUCAGAGAUAUUUUGAUUGAGCUUUUCCUGCAUGGCAGAGGGUUGGCCCAUGUGGUCUCUUCCAACUCUAUGAUUCAGUGAAUGUGUUCUGCCUUUUCCAUAGGAGACCAAUUGGCAAUAGCUGGAAGGUGAGGUCUUUGGCCCUGCCAUUUAAAAAUCACCAACCCCAGAUACCUAGAGUUGUUUGAAACAAGAACAGCAUUGCUUCUACAAUAAACAUAUGUGGCAUUCCUGUAUGCAACAAUCACAGGGCUAAUUUUUAAAUCCUAUGCAUUUGAAAAUGAGGAUAAGCUGAAGAACUGCUUUAUUAUUGUAUGGCUUGCAGGAGAUAAAUCUUUUUUCCAAAUAGACUUUUGCUAAAUAAACAGAUUACAAAUGUCUCA